GCCUGGAUCUGUCCUUCUCCACGUGACGAUAUAUCCGCUGUGUCUUGGCGUCGGAGAUCCCACUUAUCCAACCGGAAAACAACCUCCAGUUCAGACCGUAAAGAUACCUCCGCUGGUAGUGUAGUAUCCUUCAGUCAUCUAUCAAAAUAGUCACAGGUCCCCUGAUACGUUUCUUCCCCUGUUGAGUGGUGACCAAGGCGCACAAUGGUCUUACAGCGGAGCGGGGCAGCUUGAGCGGGAUCCAAAUAUAUAUUGUGAAGAGGUAAGCCUCUCUCAGAUGCACAGCUUCCUAAACAACAAGGACAGAAAUGGGCUACAAACCACCAACGAGGAAACUUCAUAUCAUGACGAAUCAGACCUUGCCUCUGAAUGCUAUACAGCAAAAGAUAUGGGAGGGGAGACUCCCCCUGGAAAUAGUCCUUUCUCCACCGGAGUGUCGAACGUACGACCAGGCUGAUUCAUAUCUCAUAUCGUACCCACGACUGUCAUAUCUCCCCUCCUUGUUACCUAGGUUGCAUGCAUUUUUCUCGACCUCACUGAUAGAACCUGAUACGAAGGCCCAUGAAGGCUGGUUCUCAUUCGAGGGAGUGCCUCUAAAGUGGCAUUAUCCAGUCGGGCUUCUCUAUGAUCUCUAUGCUGGUGCCGAUCCACCUUCGAAGGCCGGCGGAGAUGAGCACCCAUCUCACCCUGGAGACGACGAAAACAAUCGACCGCUUCCAUGGCGGCUGACUGUGCAUUUCAGCGACUGGCCUCAUGAAGAUCUUGUCAGGCUCGAUCCGGAUGGGAUAGUCAUGCACGACGCUUUCAUUAACAGUGUCAAGGAGGCCGACUUCCUUCGAAAUGGAAAUGCCAAGGGAAUCAUGAGUCUCUCCAAAGAAGACUCGUCCGGUCUUUGGAAAGCCGUGCAAGAGAAUGACUUAUCUUCCUAUCAACGGAUAUCCAGCAUUCUACUUCCGCCUUCAUCCCAGCCAUUCCGCAAUGUCCCAAUUCGAAUAUUCCUCCCUCUCCCACCUGACUCUGGAUCCCCAUCGCUCAAAGUCCUCCAGUCACCCCUCCCGCCAAUAGCAACGGCGUCCACAUCCAGCAACCCGCGCAGUUCCAUCAUCGGCACCCAAACUCAGACAAUCGGUACAGCACUACAUUCUCUUCUUCCCAAUUUAUUUCCUAGCCGGAGGAUUCCCGUGCUCGCGAAACCGGUUCUCCAUGGUGCGGUCGUGCCGAUGUCUGCCCCAAUAGAAGAGGUGGUCAGGAGUUCCGCAUAUGGUGAUGGAUGGGCGGCAAUUGUCAUUUCAAUGGUUGGGUAGGUCGAUUAAUGAACCAAGACUUGUUUGUGCAUAUGAAUGUCUAUUUUCUUUCUCUUCUUCUAGACACGCAGCAUACUAUGCCGCAUUUAAAGCUUUCAUAUUCCAUAUUUUUUUUUGGAUUCCCGACUAUGUGAGCUCUGUGCAUAUUGCCUUUGGAUGGAAGGAUCAUCUGGAUCAUAGCGGAGGAUGCGAUUGACUUGGAUGGGUUAACUAGUCAUCCUUCCGUCUCAUAGAGCCCUGUUUGUUACAGCCUAGCAGGGAGGUAGAACCAAGAGAUGACACCGAUAACCUGGUCUGGCCAGUAGGCAUGUGAAUAUAACCGCUGUGGCUGAAUCUGGGCGCUUACUUUCCCUGUUCCGUCCCUUGACUACUGGACAAGGGGGAGAUGAAGAUCCUUCAAGGCGAGAAAUUACAGUUCUCCUAUUCCCUUUUGUCUUACAGGAGGAAUGUGUUUGAAGAUUCAUAA